UAAUGCCGAAUAAAGGAAAUAAAACAGCAGAAGCCAACCAACCUUCGAAAGACAAUUUAAGAUGGUCUGAUGAUAUGGAUGAAGUUUUGCUAAAUGCAUUAGCAGAGGAAGCAUCGAAAGGUAAUAGGCACGAUGGCUCGUGGACAACUGAAGCAUAUGCCAAUGUUGUGAAGACUUUGAGCAUAGCAAUAGGUCCUCACAUAACAAAGAAUCACAUAAAGAAUAGAAUGAAGACAUUGAAAGAUCAUUUUGCUGAGGCAUAUGACUUAUUUCAUCACUUAAGUGGAUUUGCAUGGAAUCCUGUAACUAGAAAGUUUGAAGCUGAAGAGGAAGUGUGGCAAGACUUCAUUAAGGAGAAACCACAAGCAGAAAAAUGGAAAAAAAUGCAAAUUAACCAUUAUGAUACUUUAAAGAAGUUGUUCGGAGCUGAUAGAACUACUGGUAAAGGGGCUGCUACGUCAUGA